AUGCGCGAUCCCUUCCCCUCCCCCUCAGGCCGAUUUCACUCCGUUUUGGGCGCGUACCUCCCCUCCACCUGCGGAUUCCCAUGGCGCACGGACGUGGUUUCCACGUCUUCCAUGGCACUCGUUGUGAUGUGUGGGCAGCCAUGCAGCGGCAAAUCAGCAGCCGCUGCUUGCCUUGCUGCGGCACUGCACUCCUCCACACCUGACCUUACUGUCCGUAUCAUUGAUGAGUCAUCCCUCCAUCUCGGGCGCAACGAUAGUUACAAAGAUAUGGUUGUGGAGAAAAACUUGAGAGGAGUUCUUAGAUCAGAAGUUGACAGGUCCGUGUCACGCGACAGCAUAAUUAUCAUCGACUCGUUGAAUAAUAUUAAGGGGUACCGGUAUGAGUUGUGGUGUCUUGCGCGUGCAUCUGGAGUAAGAUAUUGUGUGCUUUUUUGUGAUACAGAAGUGGACCAUUGUAGGGAAUGGAACAACAACCGCCAGGAGAAAGGAGAGCCAGCAUAUGAUAGUAAUAUAUUUGAAGAUCUUGUAAGCAGAUUUGAGAAGCCAGAUAGGCGUAAUCGUUGGGAUUCCCCUCUUUUCGAAUUGUUUCCAUCUAGAGAUGAAAUAGUGGAAACGGCUCCUGUUAUUGGUGAGGCUGUGUCAUAUUUGACAAAGAAAGUAGAUUCCAAAACAAGAGACGUAAAAGUUCUCCAGCCUACAAUAGCCACUCAGACGGUGCGAACAACAGAGGCUAAUUCCCUCUAUGAGAUGGACAAAGCAACACAGUUGGGAUUCUUAACUGAUUGCUACAUCAACCUUCAGAGAUAUGUUGGCCUGCCAGAGCUCCGAAGCCUGCGACGAACUUUCAUCAAGCUGGCAGGGCAGUACAGUCUGAGUGGGCCACCACCACCGACAGAUGCUGAUAGCGCAAAGAGGAUGUUUGUCGACUAUUUAAACCGUGAAGUUGGUGCUUGA